CGCUCUAGCCCGCGCUUGGCUGAGGUCCGCGAGCGCUCGCGAGCCACCGGGCCAGUAGGGAACUCGGCGCCGCCAGACCGCCCAGCUCGCGCCUCAGCGUCCCGGCGCCGCCGCGCCACUUCUCCGAGAUUUUGAAGGAAUUCAUCCCCAGUCGUUUUGGGUAGCAGAGAGGGAACCAUGCUCCCCUGCUGAGGAACGGCUCUUUGGAGUAACCGCUGCAGUGAUCGCCUGGGCUGGGGUUGGAGUAACAGCGCUCGCCCGGGGCUGUAUUGAAUGAGUAAGCAGCCUCAUCUGUUUCUGCUGUGCAAAGAGCGAACUUGCGGCUCGUCCGAGUACUUGUCAGCAGUAAUCACCCCUGCCGCUAGUUACGCUGACACUAUGCACUCUGAAGCAGAAGAAUCCAAGGAAGUGGCCACAGAUGUCUUUAAUUCCAAAAACCUGGCCGUUCAGGCACAGAAGAAGAUCUUGGGUAAAAUGGUGUCCAAAUCCAUUGCCACCACCUUAAUAGACGACACAAGCAGUGAGGUGCUGGAUGAGCUCUACAGAGUGACCAGGGAGUACACCCAAAACAAGAAGGAGGCAGAGAAGAUCAUCAAGAACCUCAUCAAGACAGUCAUCAAGCUGGCCAUUCUUUACAGGAAUAAUCAGUUUAAUCAAGAUGAGCUAGCAUUGAUGGAGAAAUUUAAGAAGAAAGUUCAUCAACUUGCUAUGACCGUGGUCAGUUUCCAUCAGGUGGAUUAUACCUUUGACCGGAAUGUGUUAUCCAAGCUGUUAAAUGAAUGCAGAGAGAUGCUACACCAAAUCAUUCAGCGUCACCUCACCGCCAAGUCACAUGGACGGGUUAAUAAUGUCUUUGAUCAUUUUUCAGAUUGUGAAUUUUUGGCUGCCUUGUAUAAUCCUUUUGGGAAUUUUAAACCCCACUUACAAAAACUAUGUGAUGGUAUCAACAAAAUGUUAGAUGAAGAGAACAUAUGAGCACAUGAGUUAAGACUGUGACUGAUGAUGAUUUAUUUGAAGAUGGAGCACUGCUGAUUUAUGAAGGAAAAAAUAAUUUUCUAAACAUUACAUGUAUUUCAGAAAGACUUUGCCCAAUUUGGUUGUCAGACAUAAUGAUUUAUUUGAAAGCUUGUUUUAUUUGAAGAAAAGCAUAUCUCGAAAAACUCUGGUUACAAGCUUCCUAACGGGUAACAGACCAUGGGAGAGAUGUGUGGUUGGGUAAUGCAAAUGUAGUUAUACAAAGAAAAAUAGAUAUGGCUCCAGACCCGAACACUUUUUUAUAGGGCAGUUGUUGUGUUGGUGGCACAUUGGAUAUUUCUAACAUGUACAAAGUUAUGUAUUUUGAUUUACUUUCAUUUCUUGCUAUGUAGAUGUACUUUUCUUAAAAUGCCAGGAACUUUCUCUUGCUAUCAUUGCCCCUUUUAAAACAAUCCAAUUUUCAUGUCUACGGCUGCUUGUGUUUUGUUAAAACGAAAAUGGCUUAUCUGAAAUCGGUACUGUGGAAAUGAGCUCUAUUAGCUAUUAUGAAUAAUGUCCAAUAUAAGAAUACGCUUCUGGAAUUGAGUUCUACUUUUAAGUACCAAUGAUACUUAAGCUUUUCAAAAAUGUAAUGGUGUAUCAUUGCCUUGAAAUGCUUGCUUAGGGCUUCUUUUAUGUUAUCUUAAAAUGUGCUAGUGAAUUCUCCAUUUUUACAUCCAUUUCACAUGUAAGAGACAAAAAAUCUAGAUUGGUCUUGAUAUUGGGAUAAUAAAAAGUAAGUAGCAUUAAGAAAGGUAAAACAACCUUCAUCUUACAGAUAAACUCAUUAAAACAAUGUAGGGGAAUGAGGGGCAAAGGGGAGAAAAGACAUUGCUAAAGAAGAUGAGCAUAAAAAUGAGUGCAUUUCAGUGUUUAAGAAGGUUUGAUAAAUAAAGAAUGUCACUUUUUUAUUUAACUGAUAAGGUUUUUGUUAUUUUUUGCUUUGAUGAGUAAACCAAAAAAUAUUUGCAUUUCAAGCAGUGUGCAUGUUUCUAUAUAAUUUUCUGUGUAUAAAUAAUAAAGUAGGCAUUUGCUUAUUUUGUAAAAAAGAAAUGAAAAUCUGCUGGCCAGCUAUGUCCUCUAGGAAAUGACAGACCCAGCCACCAGCAGUAAAUAUUUGCAUUGUCA